AUGACUACUUUACACGAUUGCAAAAAACCUGCUAGCCAUCCUGACGAGGAAAUAAUCGUUGGCACUAUAGCCGACGAUAACCUUGGGAAUGGCCCUGAAACACCAGGACGAUGGCAGAUAUUCGCUAAACGAUUCCAGAUCGAGGAACGAGGUAUCGAGCGCGUUCCUGAGGAUCAACGCUCGGAGAGCUCGUACUGGAGUAUCGGGUCUAUGUGGCUAGCUGCCAAUAUGGUCGUACCAUCGUUCACGAUCGGGGUACUAGGCCAGGCUCUUUUCAGCCUGGGCUUUAUCGACAGCAUACUGGUGAUAUUAUUUUUCAACUUACUAUCCGUAAUGACGGUGUGUUUCUUCUCCAUCUUCGGCGUUGCGUUCGGUCUACGCCAGAUGGUCCUGUCCCGGUUCUGGUUCGGCUGGUGGGGAGUCAAGUUGAUUGCACUGUUCAAUCUACUGGCCUGUUUCGGCUGGGCGGCUGCAAACAUCAUCGUCGGCGCGCAGCUACUGCACGCAGUGAAUCCUAGAGUGCCUGGAUGGGCAGGGAUUCUGGUCAUCGCGUCGGCAACCCUCCUGGUUACCUUUUUUGGGUAUCGCAUUGUGCAUGUCUAUGAGAAAUGGAGCUGGAUUCCCACGUUCAUCGUGUUUCUGGUGGUACUAGCUGUGUUAGUCCGCUCUGGAGACUUUGUCCAAGUGCCCAUGGGUCAUGGACAUGCUGAAAUGGGCGCCGUCUUAUCCUUCGGAUCGACGGUAUUCGGCUUUGGAACGGGAUAUACCACCUUCGCAGCAGACUACACCGUCUACCAGCCCAGUCAGCUGCCACGCACCCGGGUGUUCCUAGCCACCUGGCUAGGGAUUCUCCCGACGCUGCUGUUCACCGAGAUGCUCGGCGCCGCGCUGGGGACCACCGUGCGACUGAACGCCGAAAACAACUCGUACCAACAAGGGUACGACGACUCCGGAGUCGGCGGACUCCUCGGGGCGUUGCUAUUCCCACACGUUGGAGGAUUCGGUAAAUUCUGCAUGGUGAUCCUGGCAUUAUCCAUUGUCGCGAACAACUGUCCCAACGUGUACUCUGUCUCACUGACGCUGAUGGUACUCGGACGCUGGACGGAGCGAGUCCCGCGGUACGUUUGGACUGUGAUCGCGACGGUGGUCUACGUGGCCAUUGCGAUCCCAGGAUACAGCGAGUUCGAGGCAGUGUUGCAUAAUUUCAUGACGUUCAUCGGGUACUGGUUGGCUAUUUAUGAGGGGAUUGUGCUAACGGAUCAUUUUGUCUUUCGGCGGGGUUUUUCAGGAUACGUUCCGGAGGAGUACAAUCAGUCGGAUAAGUUGCCUAGGGGUAUUGCGGCGUUGCUUGCGUUUCUCUGUGGUGUUGUUGGAAUGGUGACCGGUAUGAGUCAGAGUUGGUAUGUUGGUCCUAUUGCGAAGUAUGCAGGUGUUGCGCCGACGGGGGGGGACGUGGGAUUUGAACUGGGGUUUGCUUUUUCGGCGGUUGCGUAUUGUAUACUUCGGCCAUUGGAGCGAUGGGUGGUGCAAAAGGUGAGACCUGAUUGA